UUCAUUUCUGUUGGUGUUUAGACUUUUACAGAGACAUACUAUCCUACACACAGAGAGACAGAGAGACAGAUAGAGUUUACUUCAAUGGCGGCCGCGAGAACCACAAUAUUGUCAAUUUUAGUAAUAACAACAGCUGCAUCUCUCUGGUGUGUUUCAUCGUCAUCAUCAUCGUCAUCUUCAGCUGACGCUGCUGCUGUUGAAUUUGUGAAGAAGACCGUUUCUUCCCACAAGAUCGCCAUCUUUUCCAAGUCCUAUUGCCCGUACUGUAGAAAGGCAAAAAAUGUUUUCAAAUCAUUAAACCAAGUCCCACAUGUUGUUGAACUAGAUGAGAGAGAUGAUGGCUCAAUCAUUCAGGAUGCCUUAAGUGAGAUUGUUGGGAGGCGCACAGUACCACAAGUGUUCAUAAAUGGAAAGCACAUUGGAGGUUCAGAUGAUACUGUUGAAGCAUAUGAAAGUGGAGAACUGGCUAAGCUUCUCGGCAUUGAGGUGGAAGGAAAAGAUGAUCUCUGAACCAAAUCAUUGAUAAUAAGAGACUUAUAGACUUAUAGUUCAUUGUGGAGUAAAUGCAGAUAUGCAUUAGUGCUUAUAUUUUCUCUCUUUGUUUCAAGGGUACAAUAAUGACUUCGCAUUUUAACUUGUAGUCUCUUUUGUUCAUCAUGUGUUUGUAAGUCAAGCAGGAUUGCUACUUUUGUGAUUUUAUGUUAUUGGGAUAAAUUUAGUUUCAA